CUAAAACACGUCUUUCAUUACAGCAGACAGGGAGCGCAGAGAAGAGAGAGAGAUAGAGAGACAGUCAGAGAGAGAGGGAAGCAGUGUUAGUUGAGCGCAGACACGAGACAUGAGCUGAACGAGGCAGCUGGACAGAUAGAACACAACAAUGAGUCACAAACACACUGCAGUAUAAAGAGAAAGACGUCAAGAGGGACUGAGACCAAAGGACAUAGUGCGAGAGACACACAGAAAGACAUAGAGAAAGAGAGAGACAUCUCUUGGACUUCUCCCCGUCUGCUGUGGUAGGCAUGGCGUCGGAACCGGGCACGCAGUCCAGAGUGAUGUUUCAGACCAAAGAGGAGGAGCCUGCCCAACGCAAACUGGGCAAACUAACGGUCAAAUACAACCGCAAAGACCUGCAGAGGAGACUGGACAUUGAGGAGUGGAUAGACGGACAGCUGCACCUGCUGUAUGACUGUGAGGAGGAGGAGAUUCCAGAGUUGGAGAUCGACAUCGAUGAACUUCUAGAGCUCACAGAUACAGAACAGAGAUCUAGACUGCAGGAGCUUUUGCAAGAAUGUGGAAAGCCAAAGGAGCCACUUUCACAAAUGAAGCACAUUAGAUUGCAGUAAAACUGCUGACUGCCUUUUCUGGUAAAUGCACCACGUCUACUAUGCACACAUGCGACGAGUUUCCAUCUUUUAUCUGUUUUGCUCACUUAAACUCUGUGAUGUCAUUUGCAGGAAAUGACCUUUGCACUGUCAAUCUGAUCAACUUGCUUUUGGUUCUGUGUUUACCUUGUUCCCAAAGGAGGCUAGUUAUUUUAUCAUAAGAAACAGAAUCACUUACCGUUCCUGUAAGCUGAUGAAAAAUGUCUUGAUCCGCUCGGAUGAGGAAGUGCUUUAGUCUGUCCGAUGUAACUUUUUUUCUUCACUCCCGAGGCAUUAAAUGGCAUGGAGUAAUUGCAUCAUCCGGCAGACUGUGAUGAAGCGUUCCGCCUUAUUUAGCUGUAUAAAUCUAGCAAACAUAUUUAUAUUUUGGAUUUUUUAAUUAUUUAGUGUAAAUGUAUAACACUAUGCUAAGGGUUAUAUUACCCUGGAAUUAAUUACAAAAAACUAGGGCUGUCAAUCAAUUAAAUUUUUUUUAUUAAUUACAUGACAUGCCAAUUAAUCGAAUUAAGUGCAAUUAUCAGUUUAGUAUAUCAAUAAAUAUGUAAAUGCAUAUAAAUAUUAAUAAAACAGCAAAGUUACAAUAAUUAUAUAUAUAUAUAUAUACACACACACACACACACACACACACACACAGUAUCAGUAUAUACACUGCCUGGUCAAAAAAACAACAACUUUUGCAUACUCUAAUAUUUCGUUGGACCGCCUUCCUUCCUUCUUAGAAAAGACAAGAAAACAAUAUGUAAUAUGUUAAUGUUAAUAUGUUAUAUUAACAUUUUCCAAACAAAGUAUUCCACAAAAAUGAAGACAGAAAUGCAUUAAAAAUAGCACCAAUUUAAAUAACAUUAAAUGUUUUCAAGUGGGAGGUUAAAGGUGCUAUAUGUAAUAUAUUUACUGUACUAAAACAUCAAAUUAUCAUAAUAUGUUAUCAGAGAUUUAGGAAACGUGCUAAGUUGAAAUACUGGCUUCUCCGAAAACUAUGCUACAGCCAGUAUAUUCUAUUUUGAAAUGUCCGUUCCGGGCCGGAAUUUCUGUUUGUGUUUUGGCAUGUGUGAUCCCGCCCACUGCCCAUUUCCCAAUAGUAUUUAGACACCCCGGGUUGCCAGAUUUAAAGCAAGUUAGCGGGCAAACACAGCGCGCUGCAGCCAUGGAAGCCAGCAAUACAUCUAGCUAACAUUGACUGAGUUAUAAAAAAUCCACAUGAGCUGGUUUAUAAUGUGCAAACAAUAAAAUCAUUGCAAACAUAUACAUUAGCUGAUCAGCUUACAGUGUAAGGCUAGUCACUAGUCAUUGUCAGUUUGCUCGUACCUGUUGCGUGUCCUCAACCUGGCAACCCGCGUGAGCUUCGAGUCUGGGGAGGAGGGGGCAGGGGAGACAACUCUCUCCAAUAUUUUGAAUUUGGACUGCAGAACAAAUAUUAAUAAUGUUACAUAUUGCUCCUUUAAUUAACUUAUUAAAUUAGGGGCAGUGGUGGUUCAGUGGUCAAGGCUCUGGGUUACUACCCUGAAGGUUGGGGGUUCAAGCCCCAGCACCACCAAGAUGCCACUAUUGGGCCCUUGAGCAUGGCCCUUGACCCUGGCACCAUAUCAUGGCUGACCCUGCACCUGGACCCCAGCUUAUCUGGGAUAUGUGAAAACAAAUAAAUUUCACUGUGUAUAUAUGCAAAACAUGUAUGUAUAAUGUGUGACCAAAAUAAAGGCUUUUAUUCUAUAACUGGAAAAACUAGGUUAAGUAUUUAUUGCAAUGGGCAUUAAAUCUCUUAAACCCUCAUCCUAUACAAUAUUAAUCAUGGCUGUCCACUUUGCUACAGCAAUCGUGAAGCCUCAUUCGCAUGAUUCACGCCGUUUUUGUUUUUUUUUGGGGGGUGAUUUUUUCCCCUUUUUCUCCCAAUUUGGAAUGCCCAAUUCCCAAUGCACUCUAAGUCCUCAUGGUGGUGUAGUGAUUCACCUCAGUCUGGGUGGCGGAGGACAAAUCCCAGUUGCCUCCGCAUCUGAGACAGUCAACCCGCGCAUCUUAUCACGUGGCUUGUUGAGCGUGUUGCCACGGAGACAUAGCGCGUGUGGAGGCUUCACGCCAUCCACCGCAGCAACCACGCUCAAUUCACCACGCGCCCCACCGAGAACAAACCACAUUAUAGCGACCACGAGGAGGUUACCCCAUGUGACUCUACCCUCCCUAGCAACCGGGCCAAUUUGGUUGCUUAGGAGACCUGGCUGGAGUCACUCAGCACGCCCUGGGUUUCGAACUAGCGAACUAGCGAACUCCAGGGGUGGUAGCCAGCAUAUUUUACCACUGAGCUACCCAGGCCCCCAAUUCAUGCCGUUUUUAACUGCACACUAAAAGCACUUGCAGAGAACGACUUGCUUUUAGCACUGGUGCUGCGAAGGUAAAUGAUGCUUUAUCCAAACUGUCUGGUGAGACGGAAGCGCAACACGGCGCCAGGGAGAUGCUGAUGCUUCACUCAAGCGAGUCAUGUGAAUGCAGUUUUCACAGGUCCCAUCUGGGUUUGUUUUGUGCAAAAAAAUUAAAAAUAAUACAGUUAAGAGGCCCAUCUCUUGAUCACUGAAUCACAGUUUCCAACAAUUCAGUACAGUCUUACUGUACUGUACUCCAUAUAUAUAUAUAUAUAUACACACACACACAAUAUAUUCAGAUUGAAAUAUAUUGCAUUACUGUACAUUUAUCUGCAAAAAGUCUCACAUAUGACAUUCAUAUACUGUGUUUAUUUGGAGUCCACUAGCAACCCUAAUCCAGUAGCAGAAUAUGCAAAUCUUGUGACUUUUGCAAAACAAGGUUUAUCAUGUGAGGAAUUUUACACCUGAAGUGGAAUGUUCUAGCAGAAACACAUUUUCCUGUAGUUUUAGACCUACUACUACCUGAUUCAUGCUUUAUAUUCUGAUUAUUAUGAAAGAAACCUCCCCCAAAUCUUCUAAAAUCUU